UGCGCUCCUCCCGACCGCAGCCCAAGGCCCUUUCGCGCGCGACCCGCGCAGACGAGUCCUCCGACAUCCCAGCAUUCCUUGCGCCCGUACCAUCGAGAGCAGCUUCCGGCGUCGCUGGUGUAGGUGGGUGAAGAAGGAGCGGGCCCUCGCCGCUCUGUCUUACUCUCGCGCGCGCUCUCUCGGGCAACAUGGCGGGCGUGGAGGAGGCAGCGUCCUCCGGGAGCCACCUGAAUGGCGACCUGGAUCCAGACGACAGAGAAGAGGGAGCUGCCUCUACAGCUGAGGAAGCAGCCAAGAAAAAAAGACGGAAGAAGAAGAAGAGUAAAGGGGCUGCCACAGCAGGGCAACAGGAACCUGAUAAAGAAACAGGAGCCUCAGUUGAUGAGGUAGCAAGACAAUUGGAAAGACAAGCAUUGGAAGAGAAAGAAAGAGAUGAUGAUGAUGAAGAUGGAGAUGGGGAUGGAGAUGGAGCAACUGGAAAGAAGAAGAAAAAGAAGAAGAAGAAGAGAGGACCAAAAGUUCAAACAGACCCUCCCUCAGUUCCAAUAUGUGACCUGUAUCCUAACGGUGUAUUUCCCAAAGGACAAGAAUGCGAGUACCCACCCACACAAGAUGGGCGAACAGCUGCUUGGAGAACUACGAGUGAAGAAAAGAAAGCGUUAGAUCAAGCUAGUGAAGAGAUUUGGAAUGAUUUUCGAGAAGCUGCGGAAGCACAUCGACAAGUUAGAAAAUAUGUUAUGAGCUGGAUCAAGCCUGGGAUGACAAUGAUAGAAAUCUGUGAAAAGUUGGAAGACUGUUCACGAAAGCUAAUUAAAGAGAAUGGAUUAAAUGCAGGCCUGGCAUUUCCUACCGGAUGUUCUCUGAAUAACUGUGCUGCCCAUUAUACUCCAAAUGCUGGUGACACAACAGUAUUACAGUAUGAUGACAUCUGUAAGAUAGACUUUGGAACACAUAUAAGUGGUAGGAUUAUUGACUGUGCUUUUACUGUUACUUUUAAUCCCAAAUAUGAUACAUUAUUAAAAGCUGUAAAAGAUGCCACUAACACUGGAAUAAAGUGUGCUGGAAUUGAUGUCCGUCUGUGUGAUGUUGGUGAGGCCAUCCAAGAAGUUAUGGAAUCCUAUGAGGUUGAAAUAGAUGGGAAGACAUAUCAAGUGAAACCAAUCCGUAACCUAAAUGGACAUUCAAUCGGGCCAUAUAGAAUACAUGCUGGGAAAACAGUGCCCAUUGUGAAAGGAGGAGAGGCAACAAGAAUGGAGGAAGGAGAAGUAUAUGCCAUUGAAACCUUUGGAAGCACAGGAAAAGGCGUUGUUCAUGAUGAUAUGGAAUGUUCACACUAUAUGAAAAAUUUUGAUGUUGGACAUGUGCCCAUCAGGCUUCCAAGAACAAAACACUUGUUGAAUGUCAUCAAUGAAAACUUUGGCACCCUUGCCUUCUGCCGCCGAUGGCUGGAUCGCUUGGGAGAAAGUAAAUACUUGAUGGCUUUGAAGAAUCUGUGUGACUUGGGCAUUGUAGAUCCAUAUCCACCGUUAUGUGACAUUAAAGGAUCAUAUACAGCGCAGUUUGAACAUACCAUACUGUUGCGUCCAACGUGUAAAGAAGUUGUCAGCAGAGGAGAUGACUAUUAAUCUUAGUCCAAAGCCGCCUCAACAUCUUUUAUUUUCUAAGCUUUGUUGGAAUACAUUAUACCAGAAGUAAUUUGCAACAUGUUGUCUGUUUAACAGUGGACCUAUGUAAUGCUUUUAUCCAUGUUUAAAAAGGAAGGAAUUUGAUCAAAGGCAAACCAUCUAAUGUAAUUAGCCAAGGAAAAAGCUUUCAGGACUUUCGAAUGUUAACUGUUUUUCCCAUCUAGGAAAUGCUAUAAAGCUCAAAUUAGUUAGGAAUGACUUACACAUUUUUUGUUUUGAACACCUAAGAAAUGCUUUUCAGAUAUUUAUAUUGCCAUAUUCUUAAUUGAAUGCUUUGAAUGACUACAUCCAAUUCUGCACCUAUACCCUCUGGUAUUGCUUUUUAACCUUCCUGGAAUCCAUUUUCUAAAAAAUAAAGACAUUUUCAGAUCUGAGAGCUAUAUUUCAA